AUGUGGAUGGAUCCAUCAGGUUCUCUCUUCGAGGCAUUGUUGUUUCUCGCAGCCUUGACAUUUGCUUUCUUUGCGAAAGCGUUAGCUGGGAGCUACAUGAAGAGUGCAAUCACGCAAAUAGAGAGACGCUUCGACAUUCCAAGUUCACUCAUUGGCAUCACUGACGGGAGCUUUGAAAUUGGGAAUCUGAUGGUGAUUGCCUUUGUGAGUUACUUUGGAGCGAAGUUUCAUCGACCAAAACUAAUCGCAACUGGUAUGAUCCUCAUGGCCAUUGGCACGUUUAUAAUUGCGUUGCCCCAUUUCAUCAUGGGACGCUAUGAAUAUGAAUCAGCAAUUAAACCUUCAAAAAAUUCUACAUUAAAUGUGUCCCUGUGUUCAACUGAACGAUACGACAAGCUAACAUCAGAAUUCCUGAACACCUCCUCAAAAGUGCCUAAACUGGGUUGUGAAAAAAGAAUUGAAUCCUCCCUCUGGGUCCUUGCAUUCCUUGGAAAUCUCAUACGUGGAAUUGGGGAGACACCAAUCAUUCCUUUGGGUAUAUCUUAUCUUGAUGAUCACACCAAACAAGAAAACUUUGCCUUCUAUUUAGGAUGCAUGUACACAUUUGGACUGCUAGGACCAAUAUUUGGCUUUGUGCUGGGAUCAUUAUGUGCCAGAUUGUUUGUGGACAUUGGAUUUGUGAGCUCAGACAGUCUGACAAUUACACCAAAGGAUACUCGAUGGGUCGGUGCCUGGUGGCUUGGCUUUUUAAUAGCUGGAGUGAUAUCCAUUCUUGCUGCAAUACCAAUAUGCUUCUUUCCAAAAAGCAUGCCGAGAGAGGGAGAAGGGAAGAGAAGAUUCAGCAGGCCCUCCAAAUGGCCUGGAGAAGGAGACCGUGGUGGGCCUGACCAUCAAUCUCAACAGUCAUCCAACUUUUCCGUUCUGGAAAAAGGUUUCUUGCCAUCUGUGAAAUGCCUCUGUUGCAACCCAAUUUAUGUUCUGCUUCUGUUGCGAGCCACCCUACAAAUGAACAUUAUCAUUGGAACAUUAACAUUCAGACCCAAGUUUAUGGAGCAACAAUAUGGCCAGACAGCAUCAAAAGCCAAUCUUUUCCUAGGGCUUGUCAAUAUUCCCCCCAUGGCAAUUGGGAUUUUCUGCGGAGGGCUGAUAAUGAAGAGGUUCAAGCUAAAUGUGAUUGGAGCUACAAAGUUCUGCAUUGGGACAGCUAUUGCUUCCUGGAUACUCCUUGUCUUAUAUUUUAUAAUGGGCUGUCAGAAGACACCAAUAGCAGGUUUGACGGCCUCCUAUGUAGGGGCAAUGGAGAGAUCGUACAGGGAGCACAGUUUAUUCUCCCCGUGUAACACUAACUGCAUGUGCUCAAGCUCACAGUGGGAACCUGUCUGUGCUGGAAAUGCAUUAACUUACAUUUCUCCUUGCCUUGCUGGUUGCAAAUCAUCGCGUGGGACUGGGCUAAAGAUGGAAUUCUACAACUGCAGUUGUAUUUCCCGUUUGACAACUACCAAUUCUUCUGUGGUUCUGGGACAGUGCCCAAAAACUGAAGAUUGCAACAAAGUCUUUCCCUAUUACUUGGCGGUAUCCUUUCUCGAAUCUUUCACCCUUUCUUUUGGAGGCAUGGCCGAGUUUGAGAUACUAAUGAGGACCAUUGAUACAGAGCUGAAACCGCUGGCAAUAGGCAUUUACUGCUUGAUUAUAAGAAUGUUUGCUGGAAUUCCUGCUCCUAUUUACUUUGGAGCUUUGAUAGACACAACGUGUCUGAAAUGGGGAACCAACAGUUGUGGGAGGCGAGGGGCUUGCAGGAUGUAUGACACAGAUGCUUUCAGGUAUGCCUACCUUGGAGUGCCUGCAGGAUUUGGAGUAUUCUGUUUUGCUCUUUUUAUUCCUUUUUACCUGCAAGUGAAGAAGCGUUUUGCAUUAAAAGAUGAAAAAGCAUUUGACAAUGAAUGUACAGAACUGGACGCCGUGAAUGAAGAUAAUGAUCGCACUGGCUGUGACCUCUCGAUGAAUGCAGUAAAUCCUGAAUGAAUUCACUCACCCGACACCUGGACUGUAUGGAGAAAGAGAAGGCUUGAAAAGUUCCAUAUUAAUUUUAUGUGAGGGGUAAUAUUUAAAUGUUAGCACCUCCCAGAAAGUGCAUAAGAUCAGUGGAUGGCCAUCCUGAUCUUCUCACAUUCCUGUUGCGCCAAGCUCUGCAAUGGGCCUGUUUAACUGUAAAAUUAAGUCAAUGAGCUGUUCCAAAUAGUUAUCUGUGAGAAACGUUUCAGUUAGUCUGUAAAAUUCUGACUUGGAAACAGUGUCUGUAAAGCUGUAUUUGCUGCUACUGACAAUUAGUGGACUAUCUCCUCAGCUGGUACAGUGAAUGGACAAACCCUCUGAUUGGCUGGCAUACUGGAUUAACGCACCCUGUGAUUAGCUGUCAGACUGAAUCAACACACUACAUGAUUGGCUGUCAGACUGGAUCAACAUACCCUCAGAUUAACUAGCACACUGGGUUAAUGUUUAAUUUAUAGAGCUGGUAAACGCACUUUGGCUAACUUAGUAAGUAAAGACAUCCUCUAUCUGAUUAUCUCUUUCCCUCAAAGUGCCCAGAUU